UUCAGAAUAUCCAAGAUGGUUACUGUCGGAUCGGGACUGGAAGUUAUGAGUGCGUUUGCAUCUCCUUCGAUGUUUAGGGCAUCAGCAAACCCUCUCCAAUCUCUAGAUCGGGAAAAGGUCUGCAGAACUUUAGGAGGAUUUAAGAGCACAGAGAACAUAUUCAUGGCAGUCGGAGACAUUGCGAUGAGGGCGCCGGUAGAUGGCUCUAGUCUGGUCCCAAUUUGGUGCGGUUUCUGGUCUACGUUUUGUUUUGUCUAUGAUCGGCGUCGCCAUAUUCUUUUCCUUUCAACGUCUCUCUUGAGAACAAGCACAAUGGCUGAGGUUGAUGAAACUCUGAAGAAGAAGAGGACCUUCAGGAAGUUCACCUUCCGUGGGGUGGACCUCGAUCAACUCCUGGAUAUGCCAAAUGAGCAACUCAUGGAGCUCAUGCACGCCCGUGCCCGUAGGCGUUUCUCUCACGGUUUGAAGAGGAAGCCAAUGGCCCUCGUCAAGAAACUCCGCAAGGCAAAGAAGGAAGCUCCCCCAAAUGAGAAGCCAGAAAUCGUGAAAACUCAUCUUCGCAACAUGAUCAUUGUUCCGGAAAUGGUUGGCUCCAUCGUUGGAAUUUACAACGGAAAAACCUUCAACCAGGUUGAAAUCAAGCCCGAGAUGAUCGGACAUUACCUUGGUGAAUUUUCGGUCACUUAUAAACCUGUCAAACACGGUAGGCCAGGUAUUGGUGCCACUCACUCCUCUCGUUUUAUACCAUUGAAGUAAAUGAUCGAAAUAAAAGUAAUUAUCUGGUAUUAAA